AUGAGCCAGCGGAUCCUUUGCACGCUGCUGCUCCUGGCCCUUGGGGAGCUGGCCGGGGCAUGUCCCUCAGGCUGCCAGUGCCAAGACCCCAAGACCAUCCUGUGUGCGGCCAGACGGGGCCACACCGUGCCCCAGGGGCUGCCCCCCAACACCCUCUCCCUCUACGUCUUUGAGAACGGCAUCACGAUGCUCAGCGAGGACAGCUUUGCAGGCCUGCCCGCCCUCCAGCUCCUGGACCUUUCCCAAAACAAGAUCACCAGCAUUCAGAAAAACAUCUUCCAGCCCCUGACGGAGCUCGUCAACUUGGACCUGUCCUCCAACCAGCUGCAGGAGAUCACCAAUGAGACCUUCCACGGGCUGCGGCUGCUGGAGCGGCUCUACCUGCAGCGGAACAGGAUCCAGCAUAUCCACGCUGCCGCUUUCAACACGUUGGAGAACCUGCUGGAGCUGAAGCUGCAGAACAACCAGCUCUGGGCCGUGCCCCCCCUUGACCUGCCCAACCUCCUGCUGCUGGACAUCAGCUGGAACAAGAUCCCCGCCAUCGCGCAGGGGGCCUUCCACACCCUCAACAUCGAGUCCCUGAAGAUCGCGGGGCUGGGCCUGACGAGCUUAAACGAGGAGCUCUUCCAGGCCCAGAACAACCUCCACGAGCUGGACGUCUCCGACAACCUGCUGGAGCGCGUGCCGGCGCCCCCUCGCACGUGUCUGAACGGCGGCACCUGCCUCCUGGGUGCCCAAAACCACCUGGAGUGCCUGUGCCCGGCGGGCUUCACCGGGGCAUACUGCCAGGCGGAGGAGAGGGGGACGACGGCAUCCCCGGCCACGCCAGCCCCGCCACCCAGCUGGCGGGUCAGCAUCGCGCAGGUCAGCAGCACUUCCCUCAAAGUGGACUUGCAGAACUACAUCCAGUCCAGAGCGCAGCUGAAGGGCAUCCGCCUGAGCUACCGAAACCUCUCCGGGCCGGACAAGCGGCCGGUGAUGCUGCGUUUGCCGGCUUCGCUCUCUGAGUACACGGUGCGGGCGCUGAAGCCCAACUGCACCUACCGUGUCUGCAUCGGGCCCCUGGGGGAGAAGGCCUCCAAGGAGGAGCACUGUGCCGAGGCGCAGACCUUACCGGUGAGCCACCAGCAGCACUCCCCCAUCACCCAGAGCAAGGACAGCAACCUCGCCCUGAUGAUCGUCCCCGCGCUGGCCGCCGUGCUGCUGCUGGUGGUGGUGGUCACUGCGGGCCGGCACCGCCAGGCGAAGGCACACGCCGGCACCGGGAUGGACGCCAGCCCGCUGGAGCUGGAAGGGGUGAAAGCCUGCCUGGAAAAUGGGGAUUUGAGCAGCCAUGGCUGCAAGGUGCCGGAAGCGGUGAUGCUUUCCGGCGGCUCCGAGUGCGAGGUCCCACUCAUGCAGUCGCGCUACCCCAGCAACAACAACACCCCGGGGCUCAAGCCCUCCUAUUUCUGA